AUUUUUGUAGUUGCAAAAGAAAAAGUCGAGAUUCUGCUCAAAGAAAACGAAGCUCUUAAAAAUCAGCUCAAGCAACGAGAUGAACUGCUUACGGAACACGCCAAUAGCUCGAUUGUUGAUGAUGAGUCUGCGCCAAUGACGGAAACUGCUGACCCACGGACGCCGGACAACGUGAGCAACGCGUUCUUAGAGAUCUUGAAAAGAGAGAAUAACUCUUUGAUAAGUGAGAAUGAAGAGCUCAAAGUCCAAGUUGAGCAUUUGAAGAUUCUACAGCGUGAAAAGGAGAAAGAGCUGGAGAGGGUGACGCAAAAGCUAAUUGCUGCACAAGCCGAGUGCGAGAAGAAAGCGCAAUUGUUGAAAGCUCGAGAGAAAGAGGUUUCUAAAUUGCAAGACAAGCUUGCAAGAACUGAAGCAGACUUACGGAACACUCAAAGCAGAGUGGAAACUCUAGAGGAGAAAGCCAAACUGCUCCAUGAGGGAAUUCAGAGCGAAAAACGCCAAAGUGAAAACAGCAAAGAAGAGAUUUCCACAAUAAGAACCGCGCUUCUGGAAUCCGAAUGUAAGAUCAAAACUUUGGAGACGGAUUUGUCUCAACGAUCAGACAAAAUGAAAGCUAAGCGGGAGAGAAUAGAGACUUUGGAAGAGGAGAAUGUGCAAAUGACACAAGAGCUUGAUUCCUUGAAGCGUCAGAACAACGCCACGACAGAAUCUUACCUCGCCACAACUAAGGUAUUGAGAGAGAAAGAUCACAGAAUUGAAGAACUCGAAGAGGACAAAAAAGACAAAAAGAAGCAACUCAGAGUGUUUGGCGAAAAGGUUGAAGUUCUUACCUCGCAGAACAACCGCUUGAUGGAGGACCUUCGACAGGCAGAAGAGAAGUUUGCGAAUGCUGAUAGGUCAUACCGACAGGUUUCAAAGGCGUUGGACGAUUGGAGGAAAAUGAUAGAAGAACCUGGAAAUGGAGCAGAUCUCUGGGAUGGAGAAAAAUGCGAGGGACUGGGGAAGAGCAACAGAGUUGACCGGGAGGAGAUUAGUGAAGAGCAGAAAGAAGAAGAUGAGGUGGGUGGCAAAAUGUUGUAAGACCAAACAACUAGCUUAGUGGCUAUCAGAAAAAAAAGAUGAAUCACUAACUCAUGGGAAAACCAAUGGGCUAAAAGUCAAAGUGAGGGAGAAAAACACGGUUGUGAUCAUCAUAUUGGCUUCAAACUUACACUCAGUUGACGCUGUGAAAAAUAUCUCCAAUUUAGUAAAAAAGACUACAGCAAAAGCUUUCCAAGUAAUCGGUUGAUGCCAAAGCGCGUCGGGAGUAGUUGCUCUUCAAGUUUCAUAAAUGCCUGUGCUUUAAUUUAGUAAUUCCAUUGUAUAAGAGAGCAAACGCAAUCAAAUAUGUCUUUCUGGCCGAAGAAACUUACUGAUCGUUCUUAUUUUGUACGAGGUUUGCAUAAAUGGCGUAGUUACGAAAUAACUUAAAUCAAAACCCCUUCUUCCAUCCGGGGAAGGGCGAAGACCUCCUUAAAUCAAAGGAUUAUUGAAAUUAAAAAAAAAGAUAACUGAAAUGGAGCAAUUAUUUCUCCGUAUAAUUGAUGAAACAGAAGCUAAGUCAAUAUAUACGAUAAAAAAAUUAUCCAAUAAUUGUGAAAAAUUCGUGGCUGGUAUGUGGCGUGGCGUGGCUAAAUCAUGAGAUUAUAUUUGACUAGUUUUUUUUUUCUCAGAAAAGCAGUAUUUGCUCUUACUGCGACCAAAUAACGGCGAAACUGAAAGAACAAGAAGAUUACUCCAGUCUUAAGAUCAGGGAACUUGAAGCCUGCAUACGGAAACUUACAACCGAGAAGGAGGCGCUGGAGCGGAAAGUGGAAAAAGAACGGAGGAAUAGUGAGGAGUUUACAAUGCGAGUGCAGCAGAUGGUACAGAAGAUGGAAAAUGAGAAUAAAACGGAGAGGGAUGCCAACAGAAAGGAACAGAGGCGAGAAACAGAGGACUUCUUCAUCAUGGUGAAGAGAUUUUUCACCGAGAAUGAGGGCUUGAAGAAGCAUGCGCUGAAAUGCCUGUCCGACCUCGAACAGUUGCAAGAGUAUCUAAGAAGUUGUGCAAGCGGAGUCAGAGAGGUUAUCGGUCAUGCGGAUGAGCUUGAGCCAUUGGCGAAGCGGAUAUCGCUGCUAAAAUCACUCUUACAGACGGUUGUGAACGAAUUUGAGCGUCCACUGAAGGGAGAGGAAAGUGACACAGACGGGAACGAAGAUUCUCCGAACAUUCGUGCUGAGUUAUCGUGGGAUAAUUAUGACAGAGAGGUCGCCUUCAAAGUAUUUACAGACAACGUGGAAGAUCUCAUUCAGCAGGUUAAUAAAGGAAAGAAAAUAAGAGAGAGAAAAGUCGAAGAGUUCCAGGAGGUUAAACGCGCUCAUACGGCUCUCAAAAGGGUCAGAAAAAGGUCCCGACAAGCCAUUGAAAGAGCUGUCGCGCGGAGUGAAAUUGAGGACCUGUGCGUGGAAGGGCCGCCGGAGGACAUCGAAAGAGGCUCCCAACGGACAAAUACCCGGAUGGAACGCUGGAAUGAUUGGGACUUACUUAAGGUCAUUAAAGAUCUGCUUGAACAGAACCGAGAGGUACUGGAGAUGAAAAUGGAUGAAAAUUUUAAUAGAUUACAAAACAUCGUUAAACAGCAAUGUGUACAGGAUAAUGUGUUGUCGGACGAGAGAAGGCAGGAAAUCGGCGGCGAGAGCGUAAGGGAGACCAUGGACGGAAAAUAUGCCAUAGGAGAACUGGAAUUGGUUAAAAGAAAACUAUCUGAUGUGCAGAAAAUCAUAAAGCACCUCACUGGGUCACUGGCAGAGAUUGAACACGAAAAGAAGACUGUCGAGUCCCAGGUGGAUCUAUUGAACGGAGAGCUUCAUCAGAAAGAGUCGCAGUACGAGGCCAAAUGCGAGGAUUUGAAACGAGUCACGAGAACCGCUUCCGACCAGGAAGUUUCUUUUCAAAACCGGCUCCAACAAGUUGCGUCGGAAAAGGACGAGAUCAACUCGGAGCUACGAAGAAUUGUCGGAGUACUCAAGGAGAGAGAGCUGGAACUGGUGGAGCGAUCACAGCAGUUGAAAAAUUUGCAGGCCACGUAUAGCGAUAAGGAGCGAUCAAUGAAAAGCAAGAUCGACGCGCUUGAGCAAGAAAACAACGGUGUAUGGUUGGACUACAAAGAAGCUGAUAAACGAGCUGAGAUCAAAGAAAAAGAGUUUAAAGAACUUGCAGACCGGCUGAAGAAAAGUCAAAGAUACAUGCAUUCCGUGUUUAGCAGCUUAACCAACAUGGACGAUGAAUUGCAAAGAGCCAGAGAUGUCGAAGUGUUCAGCGAGCAAGAUUAA